UUUACUUGUCUCGUUACAGUAAUAGUCUCUAAAAGAUAGAGAGAAAUUAAAGUGUCAGAUACAUGGAUAGCAUUUCUUGCUAUUCUUGGUUUUUUCUUUUCACAAUCAUUUGCCAUUCUUGUUUCAUUUUGGAUGUUGCUUGUGAUAAUGUGGUGAUUGAAUCAUCAAAAAGAAGAGAAACAUUGGAGAUCAUCAUUGGUGGUGGUGGAGGUGGCUAUACUACCCCUCCUGCACCUCCUCCCGAAGAUGGAGAUUGGUCUCCCCCUUCACCAGUAUGUCCUCCACCACUACCACCUCCGCCGCCACCUCCUCCUCCUAUAUGUCCCACACCUUUACCACCACCGUCACCACCUCCUCCUAAACAUCCGCCGCCACCUCCACCGCCAUCUCCUCCUCCUCCUCCACCGCCACCUCCACCACCACCUCCACCGCGGCCAACAGGGCUUCCUCCAAAUAUUAAGAGAGAUUACUUCACAAUUCAGAAAUUCAAGAAGACUAUUACUCAUGACCCCUUCCAUAUAACAGAUUCAUGGAAAGAGGGCGUUUUCAAUGUCUGUGCUACUUAUAAGGGCUUUGCCUGCGACAUAAGGCCUGACAUGGGAGUUCUUGCAGUUGCAGCAGCUGACUUUAAUGGCUACAACUUUAAUGGCCCUAACUUUCAGAUUAAGGGUUUUCUUGAUAAGUUGGAGGACGUGGCUAUCUUCCACGCAAACUCCAAUAAUUUCACUGGUAUUGUGCCGCAAAAUAUAGAUAUCAUGAAUAUCAAUUUCCUGUACGAGCUUGACCUGAGCAACAACAAUUACACCGGCGGAUUCCCCAUGAAUGUUCUUGGAGCAACUAACUUGACUUUCUUAGACAUCAGGUUCAACAAAUUUUACGGUUCAGUUCCAAAAGAAGUCUUCAAUCUUGACCUGGAUGUUCUUUUCCUCAACAAUAACCAAUUUGAUCAACAGCUUCCUGAAAAUAUCGGCAGUACUUCAGCAUUAUAUCUUACUUUCGCUAAUAACCGUUUCACAGGCUCUAUUCCAAGAAGCAUUGGAAGGGCCAAAAAUCUUCUUGAGGUACUUUUCUUAAAUAACGGGUUUACAGGAUGUUUGCCGUAUGAGAUAGGCUUCCUGACAAAAACUAGAGUCUUUGAUGUUAGCUGCAACAAGCUGACAGGUCCAAUUCCGCAUUCUUUUGGCUGCUUGUCAAUGAUUGAAAUCUUGAACUUAGCCAAGAAUCAGUUUUACGGGCCGGUGCCGGAAAUAGUGUGCAAGCUUCCGAAUCUGCAAAACUUGUCAUUGUCAGGAAACUAUUUCACUCAGGUUGGACCUGAAUGCAGGAAGUUGAUUUCAUUGAGAAGGCUUGAUGUUAGAAACAACUGCAUCUUGGGCCUUCCGAAUCAGAGACUACCAAAAGCUUGUACAGAAUUCUUUUCCAAGCCGAAGCAAUGUGCUAAUGAGAGGUCAAUGAAUUACAUUCCUUGCAAGAAAAAGGGGUACCCUAGUUCAACGCAGAAUCUCUAUCAGCAAUCAACGGUUGCUGUUGCUCCUGCUGCCGCACCACCUAGAUCAUACGAUGCUCUUUCACCGGAUAAUAAGCUGCGGUUUUAAUUAAUCAGUUCUUAAAUUGAUCCGUCUGAUUAAGAUUAUGUACUUGAUGGGUAGUUGUGGCUAUGAAUGUAUACUUAUUAUAGGCUUAUAAAUUUCAUAAUUGUUGAUGAAUUUGUAAAAUUAAUGAAUAAUUUCAUGUAAGGUAAUUUUGCUUUCCAGCAAAAUACAAAUUUCAUAGCUUCAAUUAUACCAUUUUCUCCUUUCUUUGCUUUC